CAUUGUCCCACUGCUACUACAGUCUCAAUUCUCAACUUACCAUCUCUUCCUCCAAAACUUACCCCCACAAAAUAUCCAAUUUUUUUCCUUCUACUUCUGGAUUUUUGGGUCAACUCACCAAUUUUAGGGAUUGGCUUUCGUUAGAUCUGUCAAAUUAAUUGCCCAAUUUUUAGUUUAAUCAAUAAAUUUAAUUUCUGGGGAUCCGUUGUUUUCAAAUCAUAGGGCCUCAAGCAUUUAUAUUUUGAUUUGGGUUUCAAUUUAUUGAGAUUCUUGGGAAGGAAAUUAAUUUUUAGGCGGAAAGUUAAGUGUUUUUUUUUUAUUUUUUGGCCGAAGUCAAUUAUGUUUUAGGGGUUGAAUUGUGUACUUUUUUUUUUUUGGUUUGAUUGAGAGUUUGGUUAGGGUUUUGCAUGAGAUUUUAUAUUGAGGAGAGAUGGUGGGAACGGAUGGUUUGAAUGUUUCGCCUUCGCCUUCCCCGCCUCAGCACAAGGAAAAGCAGUCGGCGAAGCAGUGGGGGGUGACGAAACCUUUGUCGCAAGCGGGGCCAUUGGAGGUGGAUAUUCAGAGAAGCAAGGAGUUGGAGAAGUUUUUGGUGGAUGCGGGAUUAUAUGAGAGUGCAGAAGAAGCUGCUAAGAGAGAAGAGGUUCUGGGUCGACUAAAACAGGUUGUAAAAAACUGGGUGAAAGAACUUACGCGAGUGAGGGGGUACAGUGAUCAAAUGGUUGAAGAUGCUAAUGCUGUUAUCUUUACUUUUGGUUCUUACCGACUAGGGGUACACGGCCCUGAAGCUGACAUAGAUACGUUGUGUGUUGGGCCAUCCUAUGUGAAUCGGGAGGAAGAUUUCUUCUAUGUACUACACAGUAUUUUAUCUGAGAUGGAAGAGGUUACAGAACUCCAGCCAGUACCUGAUGCUCACGUGCCUGUUAUGAGAUUUAAAUUUGAUGGAAUAUCAAUAGAUCUUCUUUAUGCUAGCAUUUCUCUUUUGGUGGUUCCUGAUGAUUUGGAUAUCUCCAAUAUGUCUGUAUUAUAUGACAUUGAUGAGCCAACUGCACGUAGUCUUAAUGGCUGUCGGGUUGCAGACCAAAUUCUCAAGCUAGUUCCAAAUAUUGAGCAUUUCCGUACAACUCUGCGGUGCCUAAAGUUUUGGGCUAAGAGGCGUGGUGUUUAUUCAAAUGUGACCGGGUUUCUUGGUGGUGUCAAUUGGGCUCUUCUUGUUGCUCGGGUUUGCCAAUUUUAUCCCAAUGCAAAUCCCAGUAUGCUAGUGUCUCGCUUUUUCAGAGUUUAUACGCUAUGGCGUUGGCCAAAUCCCGUGAUGCUUUGUGAAAUUGAAGAUGAUGAACUUGGAUUUUCUGUUUGGGAUCCACGUAAAAACCCUUGGGACCGCUGUCACCAUAUGCCAAUUAUAACACCUGCAUAUCCAUGCAUGAAUUCUAGCUAUAAUGUUUCCAUAAGUACUCUCCGGGUUAUGAUGGAGCAGUUCCAGUUUGGUAAUAAGAUUUGCGAGGAUAUUGAGCUGAACAAAGCCGAAUGGAAAGCCUUGUUUGAGCCUUAUUUGUUUUUUGAAAGCUACAAGAACUAUCUGCAAGUUGAUAUCAUUGCUGCUGAUUCUGAUGACCUGCGUGCUUGGAAAGGCUGGGUUGAAUCUCGUUUGAGGCAGCUGACUCUUAUGAUAGAGCGGGAUACUUCUGGGAAAUUACAGUGCCACCCUUAUCCUCAUGAUUAUAUAGAUAACUCAAAGCAGUGUGCUCAUUGUGCCUUUUUCAUGGGUUUGCAACGGAAACAAGGAGAAGUAAUUCAGGAAGGUCAACAAUUUGAUAUCCGUCAGACUGUUGAUGAAUUCAGGCAUCAAAUAAAUUUGUAUAUGUACUGGAAGCCUGGAAUGGAAAUAUACGUUUCUCAUGUGCGUAGAAAACAGAUCCCUGCUUAUGUGUUUCCUGAGGGUUAUAAACGCAGCCGACAUCCUAGGCCGAUGGGCCAACAGCAGCUUGACAGGGCUUCUAGCGAGGAUGCUGAGGCUUGCAGGACUGGAUCUGCCGAGAGAUGCUUUAAAAGGAAAAAGGAGCUUGAAGAGAUGGAGUUGAAGCAAGGGAGUCUGGAAAAAAGGCAAUCUAUUAGCCCCCAGAGGAGAGAUUCAGUUUCCCCUGACCUUUUUUCAAGAAGUACCAAUACAUUGAAAGGGUGUUCCUCGAUCGAGUCUGAGAUGAUCAAAGAAAGGGCUGAAUCAUGCCAGCCUAUUGAUGGAUUCAUUCCACAAGCAAUCCCAUGCUCUGGAUCUAGUGGGGGCAAGAUGGAACAUCAUGAUCGGGAUAAUGAAAUCAAUGCAAAUAUGACUACAUCAAACCAAGGAAUAGGUGCACAAACUUCCGAUGCUGGGUGCAUUUCUUAUGCGAACAAUGAUGGUAGCCCUGAAGGGUUCUCGCAGGGUGAUAUAUGUGAGGUUAAUUCAAAGCUUUGUUUUGAUAGUGGAUGCAAAAAUGUUGCUGGUGUUUUUGAAGGCGGACUAAGAGGCUAAUGGGCAGCAUGGGAUGGUGCUGAACUCUGGAGAUGGAGUCAGCUCAGAACCUGUUCAGGAGACGGUGAUGAGGUUGAGUCUUACAUCGAGCGCCUGAGAUUACAAGGUCAAUCCAUGGAACUGUGAAAUAAAAUGCUGAGUUAAAUGAGACAGAAAGCCAGCAACUCGGGUAAGUAACAUUUGCAAAGCUGGCUUUCAUUUGUUUCUGAUUUUUCCUGGCAAGGUAAGAUUUUCAAUCUCGGAGGAAAGGAGAUUAAAGAGCAGUAAUCUGAAGAGCACCCAUGGUUUGCUUAAAUGCUUUGUAUAUAGUUUAAGCAUGCUGGUGCUAAAGUUG